CUGUGUGUGUAAAGUCCUUCUAUCGUGGCGGUGGCGCGAGGAAGGAGAAGGAGAAAUAUCGAGCUCUAGCUAGCCCUAAAAUGCGAAGCGUGGCGAGCUCUCGCAUUGUUGGGUCGAUUGGGGCGUUCGAUCGCUGGAAUUCAGCUGGAAUCGCGGCGCAGAGGCCCGCAUUUGUGGCCAGCGGCUGGAAUCGGCGGCGAAUCAUGGGCGCGUCGCAGUCGUCGAGGGAUUCAUCCGGCGGGCCUUCGGUCAGCGCAGAGGGAGCGGAAUUUAAAUCCGUGAGCGACACGGAGUGGAAGGAAAAGCUCACGGACGAGCAGUUCUACGUCACGAGGCAAAAGGGGACCGAAAGAGCUUUCAGCGGGAAGUACUGGAACACCAAGACUGCUGGGAUCUACGAGUGCAUUUGCUGCGGAACACCACUCUUCAACUCCAUCACCAAAUUCGACAGUGGCACGGGGUGGCCCUCGUACUACGAGGUGAUUGGAAACAAUGUCAAGAGCGAGAGCGACUGGUCCAUCCCGUUCAUGCCUCGCACCGAAGUCAAGUGUUCCAAGUGUGAUGCUCACUUGGGGCACGUCUUUGACGACGGCCCUCCUCCCACUGGAAAACGCUAUUGCAUCAACAGCGCUUCGCUCAACUUGAAACCGAGCGGAUAGAAAAUCCAUCCUUUUAACGAUGUCUUCAUAUAGUUAUAAAAAGAAUUAUGUUCAAUAGUAAUAAAAUAUUUGAAGAAUAUUUUUUAA